UGUCGCCUGGGGCAGCCCCCUGGUCCUUUCAGCCAUGAAGGCAGAGGCAUUAUCCUCGUUACAAACGACCCCAGGUUUGUCCAGCUGUGGCCUCAAUAACCUCAGGAGCCGAAAGCUGAUGGCUCUGGGGUUUGUGGUCGGCUGGCUCAUCGUCAUCUACUUUCUGGUCAACGUGUGGCUUCUCUGCCUUUUGUGUGCGUUGCUGGUGGUGCUGGGAGGAUGGCUGGGCUCAGACGCCAUUGUGGGGGCUUCAGGUCGCCUGCACCUGGAACGCUUCAUCCCAAUGGCCCUCUGUCCUCCAGACCCUGAAGCAGAGAGGCAGCUGGAACAGGAGAUCAACCGCACCAUCCAGAUGGUUAUUCGGGACUUCGUGUCAUCCUGGUAUCGCUCAGUGAGCCAGGAGCCGGCCUUCGAGGAGGAAAUGGAGGCCGCCAUGAGAGGGUUGGCCCGUGAGUUGCGGAGGAGGAUGGGCCUGGUGGACGGUCAUGCUCUUGCCCAGAGGGUUCUCACUCUCUGUGGCUGUCACCUGCAGAGCUAUAUUCAGGCAAAGGAGGCCACGGCAGGGAAGCAGAGUGGUACAGUUGAGCCCUCCCAACUCUGGGAGGCUUACUGCCAGGCUACUGCCCCACAUCCUGCUGUAGAAAGCCCCAGUGCUGAGGUCACCUAUACGCGUGGCAUAGUGAAUUUGUUGCUACAAGGACUAGUUCCAAAGCCCCAUUUGGAGACUCGGACAGGACGCCAUGUAGUGGGCGAACUCAUUACUUGCAAUGUGAUCUUACCGCUGAUCAGCAAGCUGUCAGAUCCUGACUGGAUCCACCUUGUACUCGUGGGCAUAUUUUCCAAGGCCAGAAGUAAUCCAGCACUCUGCCCAGCCAGUGCCCCAGAACAACCUUCAGUGCCCACAUCUUUGCCACUGAUUGUUGAGGAACAGAGUCUGCCAGAAGUGAGAGCCCCUUCUCCAGCAGCAGCCCCAGUGCUGCUAAACUGUAAUGAGCCAGAGGGACCUUCACGCCCCUCCCCAGACGUUGAAGAAGGCCAUGAAACUAUACAGGGAGAUUUGGGUGCAGUGCCAGAAGAAAGAAAAGUAGGAAAUAAUUCAUCUCAUUUCCUACAGCCAGAUAUCCGAGGCCCUUUGUUCUUAUGUGAAGACACAGAGCUGGAGUCUCCAUUGUCUGAACUGGGCAAAGAAACCAUCAUGCUCAUGACCCCGGACAACUUCCUCUCUGACAGGAUCCAGGACGCCCUGUGUGCCCUAGGGGGUUCCCAAUCUCUGGAGUGUAAGGAUGGUGAGGGAUCUGAAGGAAUUGAAGGAGCAGAGGCUGAGGAAGGUCCAGGAACAGAAACAGAGACAGGCUUGCUGGUCUCCAUGUUGAAUUCCUGCCCAGAGAUCCAGAUUGACGCAGCAGACAAGGAGGUAGAGCGAGGGGAUGUCACCUCUCUUACAACUUUACUGGCAAGUCCAGAAAGGACCUGCCCACCACGACCCUCGUGCUUACAGAAGGAUCUUACCAAUGGUGUCAGCUCCCUAGAUCCAAGUCUGCCACAGGUUCUGCUUUCUUCCUCUCCAACUGGUCCUCUCAGCUCAGCCACCUUCAGCUUUGAGCCCCUGAGCAGCCCAGAUGGCCCAGUUGUCAUCCAGAACCUGCGCAUCACUGGCACCAUUACUGCUCGAGAGCACAGUGGCACCGGAUUUCACCCCUACACACUCUACACAGUGAAGUAUGAGACAGCCCUUGAUGGUGAGAACAGCAGCGGCCUGCAACAGCUGGCCUACCACACUGUGAAUCGCCGCUACCGCGAGUUCCUGAAUCUGCAGACCCGUCUGGAGGAGAAAUCAGAUCUACGAAAGUUCAUCAGAAAUGUGAAGGGUCCUAAAAAGCUCUUUCCAGAUCUUCCAUUUGGAAACAUGGACAGUGACAGAGUAGAAGCCCGUAAGAACCUCCUGGAAUCAUUCCUAAAGCAACUCUGUGCCAUUCCUGAGAUUGCUAACAGUGAGGAGGUACAGGAAUUCCUUGCUCUGAACACAGAUGCUCGAAUUGCCUUUGUCAAGAAACCAUUCAUGGUCUCCAGAAUAGACAAGAUGGUGGUGAGUGCUAUCGUGGACACCUUGAAGACAGCAUUUCCUCGCUCUGAACCCCAGAGCCCCACAGAAGAGCUGAGUGAGGCCGAGACAGAAAGCAAGCCCCAGACAGAAGGCAAGAAGGCUAGCAAGUCCAGACUGAGGUUCUCAUCCAGUAAAAUUGCUCCAACACUGAAUAUAACUGAAGCACAUGAGAAGAUACUCUACUGUCUCCAGGAAGGCAAUGUGGAGUCAGAGAUCCUGUCCAUGUCUGGGAUGGAAUCCUUUAUUGAAAAACAGGCAAAGUUAUUAGAAAUGCAGCCAGCAGAAGCCCCAGAAGAAGAUCCUGAACAUAUCCCCAAAGAAUGUGUGGAUGGUUACCUGUCAGAUGCAGCCAUGCCAGCCCAAGACCUCAGCAACAGUGAUCCAGGAACAGAGACAGAGUUAGCUGACACAGCCCUGGAUCUGAUCCUCUUGCUGCUAAUGGAACAGUGGAGAUGGCUAUGUACAGAAAACAUGCAGAAAGUUCUUCAUCUUAUCUUUGGGACCCUAAUUCAGAGAUGGCUAGAGGUGCAAGUAGCUAACCUAACAUGUCCACAGCGCUGGGUGCAGUACCUCCGACUUCUUCAGGAAUCCAUCUGGCCUGGUGGGGCUUUACCUAAGUAUCCGCGGCUGGUAAGGACCCAGGAGCAGAAGCUGACUGCUGAGAAACAAGCUUUGCAGAGCCUCAUGGGAGUCCUGCCAGAUGUCCUGGUAGAAAUCCUUGGGGUGAAUAAAUGCCGGCUGAGCUGGAGUCUAGUCUUGGAGUCACUACAGCAACCCCUCAUCAAUAGGCAUUUGAUUUACUGCCUUUGGGACAUCAUCCUGGAAUUCUUGGAUCUCAAUGCUGCAGUUGAGGAGUCUGCCACAACCCCCUCUGCCUCAGAUACCCCAGGCAACCCCAAGAGGAUGGGUGUCUCCCUUUAGCCAUAGGUUAUUCACCCAUUCUUCGAAGGUUUGAAAAGGAGUUACUCUGCCACUCAGAGACCAGUCAGGUGAUGGGAGAAUAUAUGUACCAAUUGCACGCGUGUCCAUUGCCGUACUUUUUUUGUGGUGGUUAGUGUUGCUGGUGGGUAGAUCCUAUUUCCUUUGAAAAAGGAAUCUGUGAGGUAGAGGAAUGAGCCCGUUGCCAUAAGAUUGUUUGCUGAUAGCCUGGCCCUAUGCAGCGUGUACCUAAUCUACCAACACACAAACUCGAGGUAAAUCAAGAGAAAAAGAUAACCUGAGCCAGAUUUCCCUGGAGAAGAGACAAUCUUCUGAGUUCUCUGUUCCCACCAGGAAACAGAAAAUUCAUUCAGGAGUGCUCUUGAAAGCCAGACCCUGGGUCCUAUCUAGGUUCCCACAAUUCCAGAAGAGGGAGGGACACAUUUCUCAAGGGACUUCUUGCUCAUUGGCUGUUUUCCAGCACAUCAGACCUAUGAAGGAUAUCACUGAAGCCUGCUUCCCUGGGUGGCUACACUUUUCCUGUCCAGAAGACUUCAAAGCAGACUGCCAAGGCCGCUGGUACAUCCACCCAACCCUCCACAGCCUUUUCUGAAAGAGAGUUGCAUCACAGGUUUUAUUUAAUUAGCUUUGUGACCUUCUCUCUGUCUUUCUUCAACAAAAUCAUAUGACAAUUUGCAUGUUCAACUCAGUGCUUCCAAAGGGAAGGGAAAUACUUGCACCAUGGCUGAGAAUGCACAAAGAAUAGGAACCCCAGGAAUGACGGGGUUCUCUCUUCACAAGUCAGGCGGGGAACUUUUAAUCGGAACCAAUAAUAUCAGCAAACUUCCAGGGAAUUGAUUGUCCCCAUAAAGCUUUGUACUUCCUAUUCCUUAAGGGUCUAGUUAGUCUUUAGGAACACCAGUAAUGAAGGCAGAGGUACUGUGUCAGGCUGCAGUGUCUAUCAGCAAAUGGAGCAAUUAGGAUAAAGUGUUGGUAGAGAAGGAGGCAGAGGGAAAGUCACGAGGAAGUGCCUCACAGUAAAUGCAUGUGAAUACGAGCUGACAGAAAAGGUUUAAAGGGAAUCACUGCAAGACCUUUGCUCACCCCUCAUGCUUUAGCACUCCCCUGUUAGAGCCUUCUUUCACUGAAUUAUGGAUCUUCCCAUUUAGAAGAGGGGCUUGGGAUUAACCUGACAAGAACAUGUGAGUCUAGAACAAGCGUCAACUUUCUCUGAGGCCCUGAAGUAGUUGAUGGGCACAUCAUUAAAGUGGUUUAUGGAAGAAA